AUGUCACACAUAUGCGACAACCUGCCGCUGAAAUCGCUGCAGAAAAUGAACAUCGAACAGUGUCCUUCCUACAAAAUCAAAACGAUUCAAAACAGCUUGAAGCAGGAAGAAAAGGCCGAACGGAGAAAGUCGACGGACGACGUUAAAUAUUCCAGCUCCGUGAGGCCCAGAUCGUCGAGAAGCUUUUCCGAAAUUUUCUUCAGGAACAGAACAACGCGUCGGAAUGGUGAACUGAAAGAGCAAUGCGGUAGCAACGAAACCUUGAGAACCAAUGGUAACGACGAACACAUGGUCAACGGUAAAAGUGAAGAAGACUUGAAAAAAGGCACCACUAUCCAUUCAACACCCACCUCCACUCUGGAUGAUGGUUACGAGUCAUCGAAUAGUACCCCAUUGGUUUCCGGAAAGGGAAAUUUGAAACAAAUCAACGCAUCAUCGAAUCUUAUAUUAACAUGCACGUUGAGGAAAAAAGACCUCCACGUUCAGUUAGAAGAAGACGAGCACGAAUCUUUCGUGCUCUCGACGACAUCGAGUCAAGCGGGAGAGGUCGACCCCGAUUCUUUUACGGCCGAGGACAAUCGCGAGACCUGGGGCUCCAACACCGACUUUUUAUUAUCUAUUAUUGGAUUCGCAGUGGAUUUGGCGAAUAUUUGGCGGUUUCCUUAUCUAUGCUAUAGAAACGGUGGCGGCGCAUUUUUAAUACCCUAUUCGUUAAUGCUAGUCUUUGGUGCGGUACCCUUAUUUUACAUGGAGCUUAUCCUUGGCCAGUUUAAUAGGCAGGGUCCAAUUAGUCUGUGGAGGAUAUGUCCGUUGUUUAAAGGCGUUGGAUUUUGCGCGGUACUGGUAGCAUUUUACGUGUCAUUUUACUACAACGUCAUUUUAGCUUGGGCUCUGUACUAUUUGGGUUCAAGCAUUUCAGCAGAACUCCCGUGGAUGCAUUGCAACAACACAUGGAACACGGAGCUGUGUUGGGAAACGAGGAUGAUGAACGAGUCAGGCAGAAAUCUAACCGGUCUGAGUAAUGAGACGAUAUCGAAAAUGACCAAAUACACCCCGGCGUUUGAGUUCUUUCAUCGAGCAGUGCUUGAGAUGCAGUGGAGCGAUGGCUUACACGAAAUGGGUUACCCAAAGUGGCAGCUGGUAGUUUGUUUGGUGAUGGUGUACAGCCUUCUAUAUGUAUCAUUGUUUAAAGGAGUAAAAUCGUCAGGCAAGGUAGUAUGGGUGACGGCUACGAUGCCUUACGUCGUUCUCACAAUUCUGCUGAUAAGAGGGCUGAUGCUUCCGGGAUCGUUAACUGGCAUCUCUUAUUAUUUAAAACCAGAACUCAGUAAACUGAAAGAGACCCAGGUGUGGGUAGAUGCCGCCGUUCAGAUAUUUUACUCCGUGGGAGCGGGAUUUGGGGUCCAUCUCUCCUACGCCAGCUACAACACCUUUCAUAAUAAUUGCUACAGGGACUGCAUAAUCACAACGAUCGUUAAUUGCUUCACCAGCUUUUUCUCAGGCUUCGUGAUUUUUACAUAUUUGGGAUACAUGUCUCACAAACAGGGAGUCGACAUAAAAUAUGUGGCCACGGAAGGCCCUGGACUGGUAUUUCAGGUGUACCCCGAAGCUGUGGCGACGUUACCCGGUUCUCACUUAUGGUCGGUUCUGUUUUUUUUUAUGCUGAUCAUGCUGGGGGUCGAUUCUGCCAUGGGUGGUUUAGAAUGCGUAAUCACCGGCCUAAUGGAUGAGUUUUCCGUGUUUUUCCGACAGCGUAAGUUCACGAGGGAAAUUUUCACUUUUAUCGUUAUUAUGAUGUCGUUUUCGGUGGCGAUGAUCAAUGUUACCCCUGGAGGAAUUUACAUGUUUCAUUUGUUCGACACUUACUCGGCCGGAAUUUCCCUUCUCUGUUCAGCUCUAUUCGAAGCUAUAGCUGUUUCUUGGUUCUAUGGAUUAGACAGGUUAACCCAGGACGUUGAAGCAAUGUUGGGAAUUAAGCCAGGACUGUACUGGAGGGUGUGUUGGAAAUUUAUUAGUCCUAGCUUUAUAGUGUGCGUUGUAAUGUUCGGUUUAUUAUACCAUCAACCCCUACAGUACAACGACUACUCUUAUCCCAAUUGGGCAGAGUGGGUUGGAUGGUCUUUAGCACUAUCCUCAAUCCUCAUGAUUCCCAUGGGAGCAGUCAUACAAUUGUGUAAAGCUAGUGGAUCGUUAAAAGAGAGGAUAGCUAUAUGCAUUUCACCAGUUGAAGAGCACGGGGAUAUCAGGAAAAACAAACUUAUAAAAAGAUUUAAGGCCAAGCACUGGUUUUACGUGUAAGUGCAGAUCCAUGGAAUAAUCAGACCCUUUAUUACGCUAGUCGUAUACUUGAGAAAGGGUUUUACCGAAUUUUGUAAUAUAAAUAGAAAACCAUGUAAAUGUGAAAUAAGGUAAAAUUUUCCAUUGUAUGUCAAAAUAGUACGGUCGUUAUAGUGAUGUACAAAUACUGAUUAAAUUUCGAGAUAGCAAAUUAUACUUCUAUAGAUGUGGAAGGAUCAGAAACUGAUACAAGGUGGCUAGUCCAAUUGCUUUUUAUAUAAAAUUUCCCCCAGUUAGUUGGACAGUAGUUUUGACCACUUUUUAGUCGUAUAUGAUAUAUAUUUGUUGAAAACUAGGAUUGUCCAUGUCUGUAUAAAUUAUUUGACAAGGUAAAAGAGAUUGUAUAUAUAAUAUUAUAAAAUCGUAAAAUAUUUAACAGCAUUGCCUUCGAUGUUAAAUAUUUCAGCGAGAGUUUUGUAAUUUUCAUCAAAUUUGUAUUCUUUUAUCAGGAGAG